AUGAGACCCAUCAUCUUACAAGGGCAUGAGCGUCCUUUGACACAAAUUAAAUAUAAUCACGAUGGUGAUUUGUUAUUUUCAUGUGCCAAAGACAAAGUAAUUAACGUUUGGUUCUCCCAUAACGGAGAACGUUUGGGAACUUACGAGGGACAUACUGGUGCCAUCUGGACCUGUGAUAUUAGCAAAAAUAGUGGUUUAAUGGCUAGUGGUGCUGCCGAUAACACAAUGCGCCUUUGGGAUGUUAAGACCGGAAAACAACUGUUCAAAUGGGACUUCCCCACUGCUGUGAAGCGUGUAGAAUUCAAUGAGGAUGACUCCCGGAUUCUUGCCGUCACGGAACAACGUAUGGGUUUUUCUGGUACUGUCACUGUUUUCCGCGUUCCUUCUUCUGAAAACGACGUUGCCGCCGAAACUCCCUUGUAUGUCAUCACAACUCGUGAAUCUAAGGCUACCGUUGCUGGCUGGUCUUAUUUAAGCAAGUAUCUUAUUACUAGUCACGAUGACGGCUCCGUUUCUCGUUAUGAUGCUUAUACCGGUGAGUUUUUGGAGUCCAAGCAAGUUCACAACAUUGGUGCUAGCAUCACCGACUUGCAAUUCUCCCCUGAUCGUACAUACUUCGUUACUGCUUGCAAAGAUACCACCGCCAAGCUCACCGAUGUUGACUCUUUCGAUGUUAUUAAAACCUAUCUCACCGACACUCCUUUGAACACUUCAAGCAUUACCCCAGUCCAAGACUUUAUUGUUCUUGGUGGUGGUCAAGAAGCUAGAGAUGUCACUACAACUGCCACUAGACAGGGUAAAUUCGAAACCCGUUUCUACCAUGCUAUCUUAGAAGAAGAAUUGGGUCGUGUCAAGGGUCAUUUUGGUCCCAUCAACACAAUCGCCGUUCAUCCUAAGGGCACUGGUUAUGCUAGUGGAGGAGAAGAUGGUUACGUUCGUGUUCAUGCAUUCGACAAAAACUACUUUGACUUUAAGUACACUUUGUAA